AAGAUUGAUAUGGGUGAGUCAGCGAAAAAAAUCGUAUUAAUAUGUAAGCUUGUUUUUAAAAUGACGUGGAUAUUUGGAUAGUUGAAAAUAUAAAAUAAUUGAUAAUACUUUUGCUUUUGAAACAUCUUAAUAAUCUUAAUAAUUUUGGGUUCUUCUUAACUCAAUACAAAAUUUAAGAUUUUAAAACUAUAAAAUAACGGAGCCACAUAAGGGUUAACAUGGUUACAAGCUUCGAUAAGUAACUGUUUAAUUCCCGAUUUUUUGUAAGUCCAAUUAAUAGCUUGGAUGUUCAGUUAUAAACUAUAGCAGAUAGAAAUUAUAAUGAAUUUAUAAAUAUGCUAUUAUUAUAAUUGAUUAUUGGCACGAGCAUCUAGAUUUAACACUCGGCGAAAUGGAUCGGAAUAAUGAAUUGCAAAAAAAGAAGCUAUCCACAAGCAAUGAUAAAUAUCUGGACUUAAAGCAUGAAAUAAUGGAAGUUAAAGUUAAGGAUCUGGCAAACAAAGAUAUUGAGAUGGAAAAUCAGGUAGCAAAGGAUCUGGAGAAGCGAGCUGAGAAUCACAAUCAUAAAAAGCAGUACGUCGGAAAGCAGUUGCCAAGUAGAAACCCCGGCCAAUCGACUCCACCUCGUCCAAGUCGCGUGAUUCCACCCAUGCCGUCGGAGGAAACGAUGCGCCACUCCAUAGCCGACAACCUGAUGGAGAUCCUGGUAAAUAUGUCUAAUCCGCAGCAUCGACAACAGUGCUUCUCCCUCUUGCAGGUGGGCGAUGCUCUGCAGGCACGCAGCCGAAUCCUGGGCAUUCUGCAGCAAAUCGACGAGAGGCGCAGGACGCGCACCUGAAUCCUUCCUAUAGAAUGCUUGCUUACAUUAUAAUGGCACUUUUACAAUCAAAAAAUGAGCUCCCGCGAUUAUAUGCCAUUGGUUUCCAUUUAAAUCACAUGGAACGCACAUCAUUGUCGCUAUGAGUUAAACAUUUAAUAAUAAAAACGUUGCGUGGCUAACAGA